AUGUCUCCUCCAUUGCCAGAGAUUCCGCAAAACAUUGGACAACGACGACACUUCAAAAGCUUGCCACCACCUAUAGUAACUUCGAGGGCUACUACCACAUUUUCAAGUUGCUCCUCAUUCUCACUACCUUCGUUGAUUUCCACAAACGAUCGCAGUACGUUGACGAACUCGCAACAAUCCUGCAAGCCAAUAUUGCCAGUUCGAACAAUCAAACUACCCAUUCCCCAGGCUGGCAUUCAUCAUCAUGACACACGUCUCUACUAUCCAUCACCAGUUUUUGAAAGUCAAGAGAGCCGAGUCAUCACACCUACAAUUGCGAAUCUCGUCAAUUCAUUCGACGUUUCUCCUUUUGAAUUUGUCAAGGACUCUUUGGAUUCAAUUAAUACGCAUGCACCGCUCAUUAAACAUGAUUCAAUCUUGGGAAAGAGGUCUAUGGACGAUCUCGAUAUUCACGACGAAGAAGACGAUAUGGACGAGAGGACAGAUUGGAAAAAUAUACAACGCCCGCUAGUAACGCAAAAACCACGAGCCUCAUUGGUAGAAGAUCAAUCAAGUUAUCGGAUGAUUCUACGCCAGCAGCCACUCUGUGGUCUUGCGUGUGGUUUCUCAGAUACUGAGGAUCGACGAGUACUAGACCCUCCACCAGUACUAGAGCUCAAAUGCAGUUACAAAUUCGACAUUACGCAUUUGGUUUGCUAUGCAGCUUUAGUGUCUGCUGACGGGUCAAGUGAAUGUCGUGGUGUAAAUGUUCCCAAAGGAAUCGAAGGCAUCAGUGAAUCCAAACGUCGUCGUAACAAAUCAGAGCUGCCAAUCAUCGAACCUGCCCGGCAACGCACACCUAGAGAAGGUACCAAAACGAAGCAGAACUUGGUGGGAAGUUUAGUCGCGAGUCCCAUGGUGCUACGUGAUACGGAUGGUGUUUACAAGAUCUUUUUCGUCUUAAAUGACAUUUCGAUCCGAGCAAAUGGACAGUACUGUCUACUCUUUCGGUUGAUCAGCCUAAAUCCCCAAGGAGGCCGAGUGCUGUCAACACUUGUGACGCAACCGUUUGAGAUGCUGUCGCCAAAGAGUUUUCCUGGUCUGAGUGGUAUGUAA